CAGAGGAACGACUGGACAAAAACACCAGGAUGUCAUCAUUUUACAUGCUCUAAGAAACCACAGCAGCUGAAAUCGGAGAAGAAUGAGAUUAUUCACAAGGGCCGACUACUCUGCACUGAGCUGGGCCGUUACUGCCAGCAACCUGUAGCUUGUCCAGCGCCUCUUCACCAGCCAAACAAACACAUACCAAGCACCACGUCAUCUGACUGUAACAUCAGUUGCAAGGGGAUGACCGAGCACACUCACAACAUCAGCGUCCACAACUUCAGCAACUCCGUCCUCAAGACCCUCAAUGAGCAGCGCAACCGGGGCCACUUCUGUGACGUGACCAUCCGGAUCCAUGGGAGCAUGCUGCGCGCCCACCGCUGCGUGCUGGCCGCCGGGAGCCCCUUCUUCCAGGACAAGCUGCUCCUGGGCUACAGCGACAUCGAGAUCCCCUCUGUGGUCUCGGUGCAGUCCAUCCAGAAGCUGAUCGACUUCAUGUACUCCGGGCUGCUGCGCGUCUCUCCCUCCGAGGCCUUGCAGAUCCUGACCGCUGCCAGCAUCCUGCAGAUCAAGACGGCCAUCGACGAGUGCACGCGGAUCGUCUCCCAGAACGUGGGCUCAGGAGGGGCCAGGGGGUUCCCGCUGAAUUCCGGGGAGUCGCUGGAAGAGAAGUCCAGGGGGACCCCGGAUUCGGACACCUCCUGCCCGGGGAACGAUGUGGAGUCCAUUUACAGAGAAUCCCAUCUGAAGCAGAGCCUGGACCACAAGCCCCUCUUCCCCUCCACGGGCCUCUCGCUGCAGAACGGCUCCCAGGAUCGCUCCUACUGCGGGGGGGCUCUCAUGGGGAACUACGGCUCGGUGCUCACUGUGCUGAAGGACCAGCACGGCCAGGAGCCCAUCCCCGAGAGCCCACAGCAGAUGGAGAGGUACCUCUCCGCCACGGAGACCACCCACUGCCGCAAGCAGUCCCGGCCGGUGCGCAUCCACACGGGCAGCGUGGACAUUGUGCAGGAUGUAGAGGAAGAGUACGGAGCCUACGGCCAGGAGCAGGAGCCGGAGCAAGGCCUGGAGCACAACGAGGCUGAGGAGUGUGGCGAAGUCGCCGAGGCGACAGAGUGUGUGGACAGCGAGCCCAAGGGGGAGAGCUUCGACUCCGGCAUGAGCUCCUCCAUCAGCACCGAGCCGGACUCCAUGGAGCAGCAGUUCGUGGCGGGGUUCACCCGGGGAGGGGUGGGAGCCGGCCCACACGGGGAGCCAGCCGAGCUGCUCUGGGAGCAGCCAGCGCAGACCGAGGUCAACGACUCCUCCCCCGAGCCCUUAAACGACGGCGAGGAAAAGGCUGGACCCCUGAGCGAGAAGAUGGUGCUCCAGCACUCGAUGAACCCCGUCAUCUCUAAGCUGAUGCCCAACGCCCAGCAAUACCUGCGCCCGCCCGCUUCCCUGGCCAGCAACCUGCGAAUGCCCCUCACCAUGACCAGCAACACCCAGGUGAUCAGCACCACCGGCAACUCCUACAUGCCGGCCCUCUUCGCCACGCAGUCGGCCGGCAGCAACAAGCCCGUCCUCUUCAGCCUGCCGCAGCCCUUAGGGAGCCAGCAGGCCCAGUACGUGGCCGUGCCGCCCCCCACCAUGCCCCCGUUUCCCACCCAGCUGUUGGCCCAGCAGACCUCGUCGCAGAAGGCGGGGCAGGCCGGGCAAGGAGAGAAGAGGCCCUACGAGUGCCCUCUGUGCAGCAAGACCUUUACCGCCAAACAGAACUAUGUCAAGCACAUGUUUGUGCACACUGGUCAGAAACCGCACCAGUGCAACAUCUGCUGGCGCUCUUUCUCUCUGAAGGAUUACCUAAUAAAACACAUGGUGACGCACACGGGGGUGCGCGCCUACCAGUGCUGCAUCUGCAACAAGCGCUUCACGCAGAAGAGCUCCCUCAACGUCCACAUGCGGCUGCACCACAAAGAGAAGUCCUACGAGUGCUACAUCUGCAAAAAGAAGUUCUCCCAUGAGACUUUGCUCGGGAGGCACAUGGCCCUACACAGCACGGGUGGGGGCGGGGUCACGGAAGUGGGCGGAGCCGCCGGAGCGAAAGCCGCCGGUCCCAUCCCCGUCCCCGUCCCCGUCCCCGUCCCCGUCCCCAUCCCCGUCCCGGCGCCUGUGGCAGCUCCUGAGGUGGUGGCCGGAGACGGGGCGGGCGUCGGCGUCGGGGUGGGGGAGGCCCCCUUGACUGGCUGCUGAUAGCGAACCACCCACAAUGCCGUGCGGCCACCAAACCAAAUUCAACCAAAUUGAGCAUUUUCAGUGGCCGCACGUGUACGCGCGUCUCGGAUCAAUAGGUACAAAGUGUAAGACCUCUUCCAAAAAAAGAUCAAAAAAAAAGUGAGCUUGGAGAAGUAAGCGUAUAGAUGCUGACACGUUACGUUUUCCAGAUUUUAUGGCGUGUUCUCAAAGAAACACAUUGAUGGUGGCCUUAAGGCCGUGUAGUUUGUAACUGGUCCACAGGCUGGAUCCUUACUACAGGCCUCUAAAUGUUUGCUUUCCUUUAUCAUUGAUUUAUGUGUCGAGCACUACAAAAAGGGCCACUAUCUCUAAGUCUAAC